GGACAGGGAGGAAGUACGCAGAGGAGAGUUAUGGAGGUGGAACACAAAAUAAUAGUAGUAGUAAUAGUAGUAGUAAUAGUAGUAGUAAUAGUAGUAGUAAUAGUAGUAGUAAUAGUAGUAGUAAUAGUAGUAGUAAUAGUAGUACUUAUACGAUCUGACCAUGUUGGCAUUCAUUCUUGUGUAUCUUCUGACGUCGUAAAAACCUACCUCAAGAACAAGUGCUCUACAACUAGUACGACAUCCAGAGUAUAAUUUCAAAGUACUUAUUUCAUUCAAGAUCAACGUCUCUUCUAAAAAUAUCAGCGACCACAAAGAAAACCUCCAAUUUGGAGCUUGUUUAGAGAACAAUAUUACUGGAGGUCAACAACUACAUGCCGCCGCGUCGAACUUGGGCAGCACAUCAGGCAGUAGCGUCUUCAGCAAGUCCAGGCUAGCACAAGAAGGAGACAGAAUCAAGAAGAAGAAGGCACUCAUCAUGAGCGCGGUGACGACAGCAAAUUACCUGAUGAAUAAAAGCAACACGUCAAUGGAGCUGCGUGAAGGAGAAAGUAAAAUAGGUCCUGAUGGUGAACCAAUUAUAGCUGGAGGUGCUUCGCCUGAGAAUCCAAGUGGUACUGCUGCAACUACAGGUGGAACAGAGCCGACAAAUCCUGACGAGGACGUUCAAGAACCGGUGACGCGAAAGAACGGGUCGAAAGAACGAGCUGCGAAUUAUAGGAAAGAACAGGUGGGUCUCUUACGUUACGAAGAACGGAAGCGGGAGCAGCGUGAAAGGGAAGUAGCAGAAGCCCGACAAAGAGAACGGGAGGAAGAAGAGAGACUAGAAAAAGAAUCCGAACUUAGAAGGGAAAGGCUGCAAAAGGAUUUCAAUUAUGAGAUGUUCUUGAGUACUUGUACUAGUAUUUCAAUUAUGAAGAAAGAUGAAGCACUUGUCGUGAGGAAAUUGAAAACACCAAUCGGUUGAUGUUGAUGAUGAUGGUUGCGUUUUUCUAAGUAGUUUGAAGAUGAAGUUCUGGACGUCGAUGCUACGACCUGCGUGCUGGUAAAUCGCAAGGUAUUACAAACAGCAACCAGACAACCCCUUGUCUAAUCCUCAAUGCCGCAAAAGGAGCGUAGACGUCUAGACCAGGAAGAGAAGGCCUAUCAACGAGGCAAGAUCGAACGGCACAUGUCGAAAAUGAGUGUGAAAUUCGAACGGGAGGAAUGGAGUUACAAACCUCCUGAAGACGUGCAGGCGAAAACGGACUUUGGGAGAGGUGUACGCGGAAAAACGUCGGGAAGUCUUUUAUGAUGAAGAGUUUUUCUUUGACAUUGUCAGUUUCGUUGUUAGAAGUAAUUGGAUAUUAUGGAUUCUUUUUCGUGCAAGUUGUUAAGGACCGAGUGACUGCCUGAGGCAUGCUAGGGCAGGAUGAAUCGAUGAAUGUAGAAGUAACCACGUUUCGUCUAAGCUUAGCAGCUUCAACUGCAAAUUCGCAUUCGGGUUUUGGAGUUUCUUUGGGUGCAGAUGGGGACAACAAAACGAAGACCAGGGGUGUUAAAGCGGGAGAAGAUGGGAAGACACCACAAGACACCAAGCUCAAGAAACUCAAGACCACAGGCACUACCUGUUGAUAAGCUGAUGAUGACUGCAAAAAGUUCGUUGAUCAUUUGAGGUCGAGGUAGACGAAAUCAUUCCUAAAUUAGGGUUGAACUUCGUGAUGAGUUGUUGUAGCUUUACUACUGCCCCUGCUAACGGAAUUACAUCAGGUAAACUACCAAAAAGCUUCAGCGAGCAUAGCAGCCCUCGGGGUGUGCGGUUUCAAGUCGAGGAUUACAGUGCCGUUAGAAAGCGAAAGCACGACUUGGCGAAGACUAAGUAAAUAUUGUUUGAUUUUGCUUACGCUUGUGAUCUCCCUCGAAUUUACAGAAGUAGAUGAACCAACUGUACGGAGUUCUGUUCAUUUUUCUAUAAGCGUACUACGUUUAUCUUUACGCACUGUAAAAAAUGUAAAAAAUGUAAUUAUUGAUUAGAAAGUAUCUACUAGUAGUUACAGGAAGAUCAUUCUGAUAAGACUUUAAUGUCCUUCUUCAUCUCAACACAGACAGUCUCAACACAGACAGUCUCAACACAGACCCCGUCCAAAAGUCGCGCUUGAAGACAGACCUAAGUGGGAUAUGGUCAUACCAGCGAACAGGUGGUACUAUCCGCUGGCAGAGCGGAAGAAACAGCAGGCGAUCAUCGACAAUGCGCCUGUUGUCAGUGGUAUCCUUGGUGUCAGUAUUGAUUUGGAUGUUUAGGGCAUGGAAAGGGAGGGGUUGCGGAUGCCGGAUAGGUGGAACCUUCGCCAAGAGCCUCGCAGGAAAGGGAAAUCGAAAUUCUAAAUUUUCAUACCAUUGCAUGGUCAUCACUUGUUCAUCUUCACUGACACUAUCACACACAACCAGUACUCCUAGGUAGUUCUAGUUGUAACGCUAACAGCCAGUGUGCGAUAACAUUUUCACGUUCAUCACUUGUUCAUCAGAAUACAAAAAGUUCAAUCACAAUUUCACGUAUAAUACACUUCAUCAAAAAAGUUACUCUCACUUGUUCAUCACAAAGACAAAAGUAGUCCAUCCAUUUGUUACUCGUCUACAUCCAUCUACUUAAUGGGUUACCACUCUACAUACACUCGAAAAAUGAUGUACCCAUUCGAUUCAUCUAGCUUCCAUGGUUCAUCCGUUCACUCACUAGCUUCUCAUGAUCAGAGAUCAUCCUCUUGUACCUCUAUGUGCAUUUUCUUGCUCAUCUUUGAAGAUUUCUACGUAAAAAAGGUAAAGUUGGCCAGCAUAGAUCACCGCAUACGCAUCGUGCUUUCUCGUUCUCCCCUAACAAAAAAAGUGAACAACCUGUCACCCUGACCCUCCUCGAC